AACAGCACCAACUUCUCCAAGACGUCUCUCGGAUCCCAUCGCCGCGAUGGACAAUCGCCUUCAAGUUCGUCCACAGGAGACCAGUCUGGUCAAGAUCAAGGCUUUCGAGGAUGCGCGCAAAGUUCAGGCUCAGGUGAUCGAAGAAUGCAAGAAGAAGGGGAAGGAUCCACCUCCAUAUGUGCUAGAGGAAUUGAUUGGCAAGGGCAGCUUCGGUCGCGUCUACAGAGGAAAGGACAUGAAGACGGCUGCCAUCGUUGCUGUCAAGAUUAUUGAUAUCGAUGAAAGCGAUACCGUCAAUCCUCGUCAGGCCGAUUCUUACAGUGAAUUCCUCAAGGAGGUCAACGCUCUUCGACUGCUCAGUGAGAACAAUGCCAAGAACAUCAAUCAUGUGCUCGAGGCUUUACCGGUUGGCAAGGCUAUGUGGAUGAUCACUGAGUAUUGCGGUGGUGGCAGUGUUGCAACUUUGAUGAAGCCCACAAGUCCUGGUGGAUUGAAUGAGAAAUGGAUCAUCCCGAUUCUGCGCGAGGUUGCUCUAGCUUUGAAGUAUGUUCAUGAGGUUGGCAUCAUCCAUCGUGACAUCAAAUGUGCGAAUGUGCUCGUUACCGAACAAGGCAGCGUACAAUUAUGCGAUUUUGGCGUCGCAGGCAUUGUUGAAAGCAAGAUGGACAAGCGAUCUACCAUUAUUGGAACUCCUCAUUGGAUGGCACCUGAACUGUUCAAUGCGAAGACCACUUCAUAUGGCAAGGAAGUCGACAUUUGGGCCUUUGGGUGCAUGGUGUUCGAGCUCGCAACUGGUUCUCCUCCAUUUGCUCAUCAGUACAGUGUCGAACUACUAGGUGCCGCACUUCAACAACAAACUCCAAGACUCGAAGAUACGAAGGACUCUCGCUUCUCCAAAGGCCUUAAGGACCUUGUCGCUUUCUGCAUCCAAGAAGACCCCAAAGCCCGACCCAUGAUUGAGGCAAUUCAGAAGCACCCGUACCUUAUCAAUACGGAGUCGAAUUUUCCAGCAUCUAGUCUUCGAACUCUGGUUGGUUCAUUUAAGGUGUGGGAAGCACGUGGCGGGAGCCGGAAGUCCUUGUUCUUUCAACACGGUGCACAGCCAGACGUAUCAUCCGCUGCACCUCUUGACGAAGGCUGGAAUUUCAGCACAACUGCCAACUUUGACCUGGAAGUAGCUCAUGAAUACGGUCUGAAAGAUGUCAUAGACGCAUAUGGACCCGACGCCGCCAUCGGUUUUGAGGAAGAGACUAGUCGCCCUAACCAACGUCAACCGGCCAAAGUAUCUAGACGACGACCACCUCCGGAAGCUCUUGCACGCCUUCCUGCACCGCUUGAGAAGAUCUUCGACCCAAACACCAUGUCUAACUAUGAGGAAAAUAGUCGCCUUCAUUACGGUGGGCCCAUGCAGCCACCACCUACUUCCGAUUUACCACUUCGAGAUGAUUCUGCACAAACAUCCAUCAGAGACACAUUGAUUGAUCUCAAUGUCCCUGACCUUGACUCUGGCCCUUCAACCUUCCACGAUAUGGACACAAUCCGCGCAAACCGACGUGUUAAUGACGGCAUUGAAGACGACUAUGGUGCUCAAGAUUUCAGCAGACCAGCUUUGAGCGAUCCAGCAGAUGUAAAUUCAAAUCGGCAGACAAGAGAUUGGAAAUUCCCCUCCAUGGCUCCACCAGCUUCAGCAGAUCCCGAGCUGUCCAGAUUCCCACCUUCAUCAUGGGAACUGCCUCGUCCUGCAGUGACUCCUGGUUCCGGCAGUCGACCCACCCUAGUCCACCACCCAACAGAACCAAUAGGAAUAGGUGCAUUCGGUGGAGGCCUCCAACAGUCCACUUUGCCAUCGGAUCGUCUAUCAAUGCAAUCUCUUAUAGAUCUUGACAUGAGUCUUCCGGAUCCAAUCCCAGAAUAUCGACCUUCCACUGCCAACUCCGAUGCUGCAUCCACUACGAGCGAGACUCCUGCGUCUGCGAAUCCCUUUGAGCUUGAGAAGCAGCUCUAUCAGCCUUCUGUUUCAGGUGGUGGCCGGGAACCUUCUAUCUAUGUCACUGAAGACUCCUCAAAUAACUACGAGCUCCGCAACGGCAACACACUCAGGGAUGGUGGGGAUAUGUCCGAUUUCUCAGCCUCUGAUGCCGAAGGAACCGCCCAUGAAGCUGCACAAUAUGAUGAAGAUGGUUACUACGUUGUCAAAAAUCCGCCUACCAACGGAAACGGCACAUCUCAAGUUCGGGCUCCCAAUGGUGACAAUAAGGCAUUUGAUUCUAUGGCUAUGCCACCACCACGUCUUCCAGACUCUCAAGCAGUGCCCAGAAAUGCUGGCCAGUAUAUGGGAGACUCUACGUACAAUAUACCCCCGUUUCCAGAGGCUCCGUCCAUUGCGACUUUAAGUGGUACUGCUUCGCAGAAUGACGUGGCACAUGAGAUCGAUCGCAUGAUGAACUCCAUGUCUGCUCAACUCGGCUCAUUCAAGAACAUCUUUGAAAGCACAGAUCUAAUCCAAAAGCGUGGGUCCAUGCGCCGUGAUCAGCCUAAGGACAAAGUUUCGGAGGAAUAAGCUGCAUGGUUUUCAGAUAUUUGUUGGAGUAAUGAUUUGAGACGGCUUAAUGAAGCACGCUCAGCACGGCCAACGGCUUUUUUGGGAUCAAUAACUUGCAUGUUAGAUUAUGAAUUGCCACGAACUCUACGAAAUCAUAGCGCGGCGUUUGUAGCUGGACAUGACCAGCUGGCAGACACAUUUCAAUGAUGAUACCAUUUCAAAGACUAUGAGCCAUUAUCGUGAUUAC